CGGCCACCAGCACAUCCAGGCGAGUCUCCGCAGGCAGCAGCAGCCCAGGCGCCUCCUCUGCGGCAGCCGCGCCUCGCCAGUGGGCGCAGUGCCGCAGCGCACGCCCAAGUGGCUGCUUGCUGCUGCCGCGGGCUGCCCUGCGCGGGCCGUGUGCUGCGCCUCCGCGGCCACCGACCCUGCACGGCUGCGGGCGCCGCGCCGCGCCCAGUGCUCCGCAACCCUGCGGCGGGCGGCAUGGGAUAACGCGGCCAUGGUGCGCCGAGAUCGCCUCCGCAGGAUGAGGGAAUGGUGGGUGCAGGUGGGGCUCUUGGCGGUGCCCCUGCUGGCCGCGUACCUGCACAUCCCACCCCCUCAGCUCUCCCCUGCCCUGCACUCAUGGAAGACUUCUGGCAAGUUUUUUACCUACAAGGGACUGCGCAUCUUCUACCAAGACUCUGUGGGUGUGGUUGGAAGUCCUGAGAUAGUCGUGCUUUUACAUGGCUUUCCCACAUCCAGCUAUGAUUGGUACAAGAUUUGGGAAGGUCUGACCUUGAGGUUUCAUCGAGUGAUCGCCCUUGAUUUCUUAGGCUUUGGCUUCAGUGACAAACCGAGACCGCAUCACUACUCCAUAUUUGAGCAGGCCAGCAUAGUGGAGGCACUCCUGCGGCACCUGGGGCUCCAGAACCGCAGGAUCAACCUGCUGUCUCACGAUUACGGGGAUAUUGUUGCUCAGGAGCUGCUGUACAGGUACAAGCAGAAUCGAUCCGGCCGGCUUACCAUAAAGAGUCUCUGUCUGUCAAAUGGAGGUAUCUUUCCUGAGACUCAUCGUCCUCUCCUUCUCCAAAAGCUGCUGAAAGAUGGAGGCGUGCUGUCGCCUGUGCUCACCCGGCUGAUGAACUUCUUCGUGUUCUCCCGAGGUCUCACCCCAGUCUUUGGACCAUACACGCGACCUUCCGAGAGUGAGCUAUGGGACAUGUGGGCUGGCAUCCGCAACAACGACGGGAACCUGGUCAUCGACAGUCUUUUACAGUAUAUCAAUCAGAGGAAGAAAUUUAGAAGACGCUGGGUGGGAGCACUUGCCUCUGUCACUAUUCCCAUUCAUUUUAUCUAUGGGCCAUUGGAUCCUAUAAAUCCCUAUCCAGAGUUUUUGGAGCUGUACAGGAAAACGCUGCCGCGGUCCACAGUGUCGAUUCUGGAUGACCACAUUAGCCACUACCCACAGCUAGAGGAUCCCAUGGGCUUCUUGAAUGCAUAUAUGGGCUUCAUCAACUCCUUCUGAGCUGGAAAGAGUAGCUCCCCUGUAUUAUCUCCCCCAUUCCCAUAUCUGUUGUGUAUUCCACUUAGGAAGAAAUGCCCAAAAGAGGUCCUGGCAAUGAAAUACUGUUGUCUCACAAAAGUCCACUUUACUCACAUUGGUGAAUAGAAUAUAGAAAAAAGGUAGCAGAAGCUCCGACUAAGGGUGACAUCUGAUCAAGUGUAUGGACUUGCCUUUUGUCUUUGUGUUAUUAGGAAAUUCUGGUGAGCAAUGCUUCUUACUGAUGCAGAAAGACAGGCAUUAGAAAUUCUUUUGCAUAAAAGACUUUGAAACACUUCGGUGGGCUUUUCUGUCCUACCCCAAUUAGAAUCCUGCAGUAAAGGAUGAGGAGAGGGGCUUGCUUACCUCUCCUUCAGUGGCUUUAAGGGCAUAUGGUUUUAAAGUUCUUUAAGCAACCCUGCUUAAGUUAGAGUGAGAGUGAAUCUCCUGUCAUAACUUAGGAUUUAGUUUCAUCAGCUGCUUCUAACUGUAGACUUCUGUUAAAAUAGAUGUUGGUUUAAAUAAUGAAGUUUUCUUUAAGACUAUGAUUUGCCUACACAUGUAUGUAUUUUAUAAGGGUACUAAAUCUACAGACCCUUCCCCUGUCAGAGUAGUGAACCUUAUUAAACAUGUAAUUUCUGAAUAAAUUGACCUAAAUCCAAACUAUUUACAGAAUUUUCUAAAAUCUGUAAAUUUCCAGAGAUUUACUGUUACUAGCUGGAAGGAACAAUCCUACCAGCAAAUAAGAGUCUGACUCCUCAUGCUGCAGUGCUUAGAAGCAUUCCUCCUGAGCUAAAGUGGAGGGGAGGGGGCCAUUGCUCCACCCCAGUUACUGUGCUGAAUAUACUCUGAUUCCUCUUAUGAUGACUGCGUGGCUUCCCAUUGGCUGUCCCAGAGGAGGCUUUCUCAUGGAGCUCAACCACUCCUGUAUCUUACAGACAGGAGACUUCCCAGACACUUUAAGAACAAAUUCUGAAAGACCUAUGAGAAAAUGGUGCUGAAUACUUUUUUUUUUAAAGCCACAGUUUCAUUGUCUUAGUA